UUACAGCGCGCGUUUGUCAAAAACUAUCAGCCGCUAAUCUGCAAUAUUUUCCAGGAAGCGCCUUAAACCCUGCUUCUAAAGACGCUGUAGCCGCUUAUUAACGCGCAAAUACAACUCAUCCGCUGCGGACUGUGGCGGUACUUGCGACUCUUUCGCGGUGUUGUGAUCUUAAGCGUUGCGUGACAGUCCUUAAAUUGGAUUAGCUCUGAGUUAAGCCAGUGUAAAAUAAUGGAUGUCGCCUCCUCGCUGUUUAGCUAGGCUGGUAGCUGGAACCCGGUGCCGCUGCGUGAACCUUUGGACGCCCCAUGCUCUUUAUUUUUUUUUACAGACCUAAUGGCAGAGAUAUUCCUCGUUAGGUGAACGGUUUAUGAUUUGCACAUCCGGGGGCUUUCCUACCCAGCCCGCAGUGCUCCAGUCAGUUCAAGGAGACGCAGGUUUAGUCAGAAUCAUGGAAAGUUACAGCCAAAGGUUCGAAUCCACCUCAGGACGAGACGGUAAGCCCCAGAAGAAGAAAGCUCCUCACAGCAGCACGUCCGGGUUUGAUGAAGCCGGAGACCGCAAACCCAAGUUUAACUUGGCCUUUAGAAACCUCACAGACGAUAUGCUCGACCGAUUUGCAAGCAUCCGAAUUCCCGGCAGCAAAAAGGAGCGCGCGCCCUUGACGCUCUCCAAACACAACGCCAAUGACUGGUCCGCUGCCUCAGCAUCCACCCUCCAUCGCUUUGAGGAGCUCUCGUCCAAGAUCACCUCGGAAAAGGAGAUCUUGGCUCUGUUUGAAAAGAUGAUGGAGGACAUGAACUUGAAUGAGGACAAAAAGGCUCCUUUGAGGGAAAAAGACCUCAACACAAAGCGAGAAAUGGUCAUCCAGUAUGUUUUUGCUUCCUCAAAAACAGGUAGCCUGAAGAAAAGCUAUCAGAUAUCUCCUCAGGAAUUCCUCAACGAGCUGAAGUCAGGGGUGACGGACGAACGCCUGUUUGCCUGUCUAGACUCAUUGCGAGUGUCGCUGACGAGCAACACUGUGAGCUGGGUGCAGAACUUUGGGCAUGAGGGCCUCGGACUACUGCUGGACGUUUUGGAGAGGUUGCUGUUCAAGAAGCAGCAGGAGAAGAUUGACAAAAAGAACCAACAUAAAAUUGUCCAGUGUCUCAAAGCCUUCAUGAACAAUAAG